AUGGCAGAGGCCCUCCGACCCCCAGACACAACUCAGCCCGAUACAACGGCUUACAGACACCGGGGCGAGAGGGGGGACCUCCCUAUCCUCAUCAAACCGCCUCGGCAGAGGCCCCCAGUCACAGCAAGCUUCAUAACCCCCACAACAGACAACAAGCACACAACAUGCUCACCACAAGACAGGGAAAUGGGGCCACUAUGCACUCGGAUUUCACCCAGGCUGAGAGGAGGAGGAGUGCAGAGAGGGGGGACCCAUACCGGCUACUGCACCUGGCACCGCCACUCCGACAGAUGGGAACCGGCUAAACUGCACAGCCAAGAUGACGAGCCACUCAUAAGGGACGCUGCACGAUACACUCAUCACAAUGAGCACACCUAA